UGUUGCAUUUUAUUGCCAUCUCCCGUGAAUGUAAGGUGAGCAGCGAAUAUAUUUAAACGGAUGAUGGAUAUACUUUAAAAUGUUAUAUAGAUUUAAAAUAUUAAAAUAAACAAAACGAAUAAUAUGAUUAAUAAUAAUUAAAAUUAAAACAAUAAUAAAUAUAUAUAAUUUUCUCAAAUUCAAAGAGAGAGGUUGUGUUGCGUGCUGUGCUGUGGGUAGUAGUGUUCUUGUUUGCAUUAAAUAGCGGUGAUAUGCGUUGGUGUGUUUUUGUUGUGCUAAAAUCUUGAAGAGUUUGAAGAGUUGGUCGUACAAUUUGCAUAAUUAAAUUGAAAGUAAAAAAUGUUUUAUUUAAAAGAAAAAAAAAAAAAGUAACAUUUUAAAAUAAUAUUUAUAUCUCCCUCCUCCUCCGUUACGCUUCCAUUAGAACAAGUUUUCCAACAUAUGUGAAAUAAUUUGUUUACAAAAUUCUUCUCAUGCACAUCCCUAUAACUAGUAAUAAAAAAUAUAUGAAGGGAUAAGAAUUAUAAAAUGUGUAAACAAGAGCAGCUAGAUAGGCGAUUUUGAAAAUAGUAAACAAAACCGAACAAUCAACCACAACAACAAAGAAAAAUAAUAGUAAUAAAAGAAAGAAAAAAAAAAUAAAUAAAUAAUAACAAAAGAGGAGUACAGCGAAACAACAACAGGCACUACCAGCACCAGCACCAGAAGCAGCAGCAGCAGAUAGUAAAUGAGUAAACGAGUCAGUUACUUCGCGCAGUGUUCCCUUUCCCUACUCAAGUAAAACCGUAUGCUCUCUACUAUUGCUAUUCGAAGAAUUGCAAUCAGCCGUUCAUCGCAACCUAUAAAAUAAUCCAAAGAAAAGAAACAAAAAAAAAAAAAAACGGUAAAAAGAAGUAGAACAUUUCAUCUCAAUGACUUCAAUUGUCUUCAAUGAAAAUAAUGUGAAUGAACUGUAAUUAUCUUUUAUAAAAUAAUAAACGACGCAAUAAGCCGCCAUCGCCGAUGCCAUAUCGUCACCCUUACCAACCAUCGCCCAUUCAAAUGUGAAGUGUUCAUCAUUCAUUGAAAGGCAGGCCGAGGGGGCAUCAUCGUACGCGUUCUUCUAUAACGAUAAUCAGCGUCUCAGCGUCAUUAACGAAAUUGAGCAUCACUUGACUAAGUCACUGAUAAGAUAAUUUGUUUAAUUAUUCGCGAACGGCAUAAAUUUCCAAAGUAAACUUUUCAUCACUCAUCCAACCGAACGUCUAUAUGAGAUACAUAAAUCAACCAACCGAUUAGGUUAUUAUAUGAACUCGUCAAUCAAUCCUCUAAACUAGUCAACCAACCAAUCAAACAACAAACUGCUGUGUCUUUGUUUUUCUUCUUUAUUUUUAUUAUUAUUAUUAUUUUUUUUUUAUGUUUAUAUUUAAAGUUGAAGUUGUUGUGUUCCAUUUUAAUUCAAUCAAAUUUCAUAAAAAGUAAAAAUGCCAUCGCUUAGGCAAAAGGUUACAACCUAUUUUCGUCAAUUAAGUUUCAUUGCUGAGCCUCGUGAUGGCCCUAAAAGUCCACGCAAAACGGAAGACGAUGGCAAUUUCAUUACAAAAUACUUGGAGGGCCGCAUGGAUCGCAUUUUCACGCCGGCACCCGUCAUCUAUAACGGACAAAAUCCCAGCGAUAUGCCCGAAUUGAAAAUUUCAGCCUACCCGACCGGACCGAAUGCAAUUACGGCCGCUUGCACGGGCCCUGACGAUGGUUUGACGGGUAUUAAGCGAUCAAAGCUACAUUUGAGUGCCAAUUAUGCUGAUGAUAUAGAUUUCAUAGAUACCAUACAAGAAAGCGAUUGUUUCGAAGUACGAAAGAGUAUAAACACCAGCAAUGCACGCAAUCAUAAUAAAUUUCAACGUAUUAGUGGAAGUGGUCGUAGGGUUAACGCUGCGACAUCGACCAGCACAAAUGAUCACAAUACUAAUAAGACAAGUGGCAGCAUAAGAUCACGUAAAAAUUCCAAAAGUAGUAUAAACAGUUUGACAGCCAUUACUAAUGCCAAAGAUACAGGAUCGAGUGCCGCAAAAAUGCAUCAAAAAAAUGAAGAAAACUUAAAUAAAUCCACCACAAUAGUGGUAAGUAUGGUGAGCACAAAGCCGUUAAACACGGAGAGCAUAACCACCGAUUUGGUUACAACGGAUGCUGCCAAUGAUCAAAAUAAUAAAAACUUAUUAAACACUAAGACUGAGUCAACUAAUAAAGCGAUCCGAGAUACGAACAUAGCACAAAAUAAUAAAGACUUAGUUCUGAGUGGUGAAAAUAAAUCCGAAGUAAACAAUGAGAAAUUAUUAGAGGCUACAACAGAACGUCUAUUACGCGAGGCGGUAACUAGUCAAGCACCUAACAUAUUGGAUGAUUCAGUGGCAGGUGUAAGCAAUUGGAAAAUGGAAUGCGACUCUGCUUAUGGUAUAUCGGUUUCCUUAUAUGAAAAUAAUAUGCUUACGAAAGAACCGAUGGGUAACCCUAUAGCCGAUUGCUAUGGGAUGGUUGUGAGAAGUAAUGCAGCUGCUAUGGCUUUGGCAGACGGUGUUAAUUGGGGUGAUGGGGCUCGUUUGGCGGCCCGUUCUGCUGUUCAUGGUUGCCUUGAUUACCUAGAUCGUGCUAUCUUUGGCUUAGCUCAGGAAUGUAUGGCGACUUCAACCCAAGAAGUAUUUGUUAGCCUUUUACGAAGUUUAUGGGAAGGACAUGGUUGUAUACUGGAAGUUGGCGGUGCAUUAAGCACUCUCACUAUUGCGGUGGUACUACCUUUAGUCAGGAAUCAAAGUGAAAACGAUGAUAGCGGCGACCCUAACGAGGGAGAAAAGGAAAAGUACGUGGUAUGCGCUUGCAACGUUGGAGACUCUUUGGGGUACGUGUAUUCUAAGAAGCAUGGUGUCAGAGAGUUUACAAUGGCUUCUCACGAUAUAACUUCAAUGCGGGACAUGCGUGAUGCUCUGGGCGCCUUGGGUCCGGCCGAUGGCAACAAACCGGAACUCAGUAAUCUAACGCUAUCCAUGACUACAAUUGAACGCGGUGACAUUGUGUUUCUAACUUCGGACGGUAUUAGUGAUAACUUUGAUCCGGUGGUGGGUAAAUUUGCUGAAGCUUGGACCACCGAUAUACAACUAUUAUCUAGCAACAAGCAUUUGGGUUUGGCAACAAAAACGCAAAAUAAAAGUGCUUCAACUUUAUACCAACGUAUGCAUAGCGUAAAUAAUCAAUUAAGUCCUCUACCCAUAAAAGCACCGGUCCGUCCACAACGCACGAAAAAGGCUGCCUCCCCGGAAACAGCACCAGCUUCUAGUCGACCCAAAUAUAUGCGCUCACAUACCGUCAUAGAACCGAGAUGUUUAUCGUCAACGCUCAAUAACCACACGUUAAUGCUAUCGCCGCGACCAUUUGAAGCUCCAACAAGAGCUAUAAAAAUACCCAAAUCAUCAACGGGUCUACCAUUGGUUACGGGGCCCCAAAGACAUGCUUUAACUUUAUAUCGCUUAGAGGACUUACUUAGCUAUGGGAUUAAUGGUACAUUUUCGCCCUGUGUAUCGGCUAGACGUCUAUGUCAUCUUCUAAUUGACUUUGUGCGUAUGAUCACCUCGGCAAGACGCAAGACUUUAGAGCAAAGGGAAUUGUUUUAUAAACUUUCCACCGGUCCAGAUGGAGUUAAAAGGGAAAUCGAAUUGAAUCGCAUGCAACAUCGUGCAGCACGUAAACGCGUUAUUGAUAGUACGACAUUUUCAGCGCUACCCGGAAAGCUGGAUCACGCGACUGUAGUUGCAUUCACGGCCGGCACUUAUCAAUCGGGAAAUAAGAUAAAUGUUAACGUAAAUAAGAUAACAACGAUAAACACGAAUAGCAGUUGUAAUGCAAUUAUAGCUCCUUUACAAACGAAAGAAUUUCAGGAAACAAAUUUCUAAGCAUUGCAUGGGAAUUUAUGAAACGAUAAAAGACGAAAACGAAUACAUUUCAGGAAUUGCGGAAGCAAGCGAAUUGUAUUUUUUAUAUGAACAAUGUGUGCUUUAAAGAAAACAAGGAUAUAGGAAUAGAUUCUUUUUUUUUAUCAAACAGAAGGCUUUUUUCCUGUAGAGCUUAGGCUAACUGAAAUUUUGUGCAUUUUUUAUAAAACCUAAUGUAAGCUAAAAUCUUAUCUAAUAACUAUAUUUAAACGAACAAUUGCACAGCUUUUAGAAGAAGCAUUAAAAGUAAAAUAUUGGGAAGGAAUUGGUUACCGAAGUGAAAGGAGAAACAAUUCAGAUUAAAAAUACAUCCAAAUCUUUUUUUACACGGUCGUUAUGGAUACCGAAGUCAAAGGAGACACAAUUGAGAUUAAAAAUACAUGGAAAACUUUUUUUAUGCGGUUUGUUGUGACCCGAUUUUGAAAUAAAACGGUUUACAAAGAAGAACACCAUUUUUAAGCGGAUUUUUUCUUUUAAUGCGAAUUCCAAAAAAAUGUUUCUCUGUAACUCUAAUUUUGACAGUGUCUUACAGAAGCCUGUGUAUAAUCGAACAAUUGCACAACCUUUAGAAGAAGAAUAUACAAUAAAAAUACUGGAAAGGAAUUAGGUACGAAGUGAAAGGAGGGAGAGUGUAGAUUAAAAUUACACCCAAUUCUUUUUUUAUCGCAUUUUGAAAUAACACGGUUUCCCGAUAAGAACAAAUAGCGUUUUUUACACAAACAUUUGGUUGUAGUAUGCACUCCAAACAAAAAUUACGGACACUUACGUGUGCAGCAACAAAAUACAAUGGAAGGUAUACUAUGAUCGGAAGUCGUUCGGUUUGUGCCCAUACAAGUAUUAAUUGACUUAAUCUGUAUGUAAGAUGGAUUUCAUUACCACUUUUUUUGCGCGGUUUUUUGAGAAAAUAUUUAGAGUUUUUUUAUCUUUUUUUUUGGAAUUGUGGGACGUAUCUCUAACUUUGCCAAAUUUUGAAUAUAUAUUUUUACAUGAGUUUUUUUGCGCGGUUUUCUAAGAAACGUACGUACCGUGUAAAAGAAGAGUUCGAUGUAGAAUAAAAGCCAGUAAACUGUAAAAUGUUUACGUAAAAGAUCAAUGAGAGCUUGAAAGCUUGAAAUUUUAAAAGCGUUUCAAUCACGACAAAUCUGAGCUUCAUCACCUUUAACUACUAGGGUUAACUUAACACUUGCGAAUUGUUUAGAGACUUUGGAAAUGAGAAAUUAACUUUAAGAAAAAUUGAU